AUGGAAAACAAAGAAAUAAAAAAUGAUGAAGUUUUAUUUUUCGAUACAAAUAGUAGUAUAAAUAAUCUGACAGGUGAUGAAAUUUAUUUUUAUUCUAAUGAUGAUACAAUUAUAUAUAAAAACAAUAAUUCACACAAACUGCAAAAAGGAACAAGUGUUAAUAAUAAUUUAAAUGCCUUAGAGAAAAAAGAUGAAACUGUAAAAAAAAUAAAUGAGUACAAUGAAAAGGAAUUUUAUAAAAAGAAAAUUAGCAACUUAAAUAAAAACAGUGAUGGAGAAAUAAAUUGCUAUUUCAGUGAAAAUGUUAAUAAAAAACAAAUUUUUGAAGAAAGAGAAAAAUUUGUAUUUGAACAUGAAUUUAAUAAAAUCAGUGAUAUAUAUAAUACAGAAGAAAUUAUGAAAAUUAUAAAUAACCUAAAUUCAAUAAGAAAAGAAAUAGAAACGGUAAUAUAUAAGAAGUUAGAAAAAAAAUAUAUAAAUUUUCUUGUAAGUACAGUGAAGAUUAAAAAUAUAGAAAACUACAUUACUAAUAUUAAAGAUUUAUUAUCAGAAAAUAUGAGUGAAUUAAAAAUUCUACAAAAAAAUAAAUAUAAAGAAAGCUUAGACAUCAUACACCUUUUCAAGAAAAAAAAAAGAUCAAAAAAAAUUAAUUUAGUUAUUUUAAUUAUAUAUGUUAUUUAUAUUUAUGAUAAAUUAAUUUUUAAAAAUAUUUUAAAAAGAGAUUAUGAAUAUUCAUCUGUAGUAUUUUACGAGUUAUUAAACUUUCUGAAUGAUAACAUAUUAUUGUUAAAUAAUAUUAAUUGUGUAUGUAAUUUAAAAGAAAAAAUGUUUUCCACAUAUUUUAAUAGAUUAAAACAAAAUAAUCAAACAAAUUUCGUUGACUUCCUAUUUUCUAACAAUUCUAAAAAAAAUCUAGAAACUCAACUAGAAAAAUCAAUAAAAAUCUAUUAUCUACUUUCUAAAUCAAAAAGUUAUAACUUUAUUGAUAAUUUUUUAGCAUAUGUUUAUCAGUGCUUUCAGAAAAUAUCAAAGCAAAUUAUUUUUUCAUUUAUAAUAGUCAAUAAAAAAAAAGAGAAAGAAAAAAAAAAAAUUAAUAAUGAUAAAAAUGAAAUUUCAUUUUUUUACAAGAACGAUUCAAAUAUUAAGGAAAAUAUUGAUUAUUUAGAAAAUUUUUUUCAUGAGAAAGACAAAGAAAUGGUUAAUAAUUUUAUAAAAGUUCAAAAAAAAGUUAAUAAUUCAUUAAAUGAAAAAUUACUAAAGGAAAAUACGAAUAAUAAAAAUUUAAGCAUAAGUAAACAUUUUACAGAAAAAAUUCCUAAUUAUGAAAAUAUUGACAUGACAUAUUCAACUUCAAAUUUUGACAAUAUUUUUUUUUCAAUAAAUGAUAAUAUAAACGAGUCACAUAUUUUUAUUAAUGAAAAUUCAGACAACAAUUUAAGUAAAGAAAAAAAAAAAGGUGUUUCAACAAAUAUUAAUAAGAGAAAUGAAAACUUCGAAAAUGAAAUUAAUCAAUUUCAAGAAGACAAUUUUUUAUUUAUACCUUUAAAUGAAUUGGUACAAAAAUUAAAAGAAAAAGACAGUUUGGUUUCUCUUAUUAAAAUAUAUGAAAUUGUAUUUGAUAUCUUAAACAAAUACGAUUUCAUGAUCAUUUAUUUAUUAAAUUGCAGUAACAACAUUGGAUCAAACGAGGUUUUACUAGAAGAAACAAAUGAUUCAAUUAUACAUAAAGAAAAAAUAGAAAAAAUUUUAAGUGAUGAUCAUAAUAAAUCAUCUAUUUAUCACAGUAAAAAUGAUCAAGAUGAUAUAUGCUUUAAUAAGAAUAUAAAGAAAAAUUAUAAUAAUUUAUAUGAUAAAAAAAUAGAAAAUGAAAAGUAUUCAAGUGAAAAUUUGAAAACUAAAAACUCACAUGAUGCCUUUAGUUUUUAUGAUAUAUACUCUUAUUGUAAAAGUAAAAAUUCAUACUCUAAUGAUUCAAAACUUUAUGAAGCAAAUAAUUAUGCUAAUUCAUUUAUAACAACAUUUUUUUUGAAAGAUUUUAAUAUAGAAAAUUGUAGUUUCUCAGAAAAUUGCUUAAAAAUAAAAAAAAAAAUUGAAAAUUAUUUAAAAGAUAAAAGUAUGAAGUAUAAUCAUUGCAAUGAGUUCUUAAACUUUACAUUAGAUAAUGCAGAUAAAUUGUUAAACUCAAAAGAGAAAUUUUUAAAAAAUAUAGAAAAAGUAAUAAAAACAAUUAUUGAAAAUAUGCAAUUCCAUAAUUUUAGUUUUAAUUACAUUUUUGGAUUUAUUGUUAUAACUAUUAUAUUUUGCUUUAAUUCUUUUCUCUUUAAAUUUAAUUGUUCAAAUAAUAAAAUUUAUAAAUUAAAAAAAACUAAAUACUACGGUACCGAAAAAAAAGAAAAUCAAUCAGAGCAUAAAAAAAAUAUCAAAAAAAAAUCUAACAUUUUGGAAAAAAAAGAAUCAAGUGAAAAUUACAUAUAUAAAAAAAAUGAUAAAAUUUUUAAUUUUAAUACAAGAGAAGAAAAAAAAAAAAAUGAAGAAAAUAUAGAUUUGACUCAAGAUAAAACAGAAAAAAAAACUGAACUGUGUCUAAAUUCAAAAGAUAAAGAAAAAAUGACAAAAAAAUAUAAAAAAAAUUUGACCUCAAAUAUUGAAAUACUAGAAUCAAAACAAGAAAAUAAAAAUAAUGAGACAAAAAAUGAAAAAGAAAAAUUAGAAAAAGAAAAUAUAAAUACAAAUAUUAUUGAUAAUCAAUUAAAUAUAAAAGACAAUGAAAAUAAUAAAAAUAAAGGAUAUAUAUCAAAUAUAGGAAAAAAAUUUGAAGAGUGUUAUAAUGAUGAGUUUGUAGGAAUUGAUAACUUUAAAAAGGAAAAUAUGUUUUUAAGCGAACUAAAGAAUGAUAUUAUUUUUGAGGAAAUGGAAAAAAAAAUUAAAAAUUACUUUUCUAAAUAUUUUUAUAUAAAUAUUAAAAAAUUAAAUGAUGUAAUAAAUAAAGAUAAUUGGAUGCGUAUACCAAUAAGGAUAAAUUAUCAUAUAUUUAACAAAAAAUUUAAUUUUUUUAAAGUUAUUUCUUUUUAUAAGAAAACCUUUUAUGAUUUUUUAAAUAAACCUUUUUCAGAAAAUCCUUUGAAAAACUUUAAUUUUAAAAAUCUAGAAGACGAAUUAUGCUUUGAUAAGGACUUAAAUGAAUGCGUUAAUUAUAACACAAAAAGUAAAUCAGAUGUAAAAUUAGUUGAUGAAUUAAAUAAUGUUACUUUAGAUAGCGUAAGUGAUAUAGAAAAUAUGUAUGAUAAUUAUGAUGAUGAAAAAUGUGAGGAAUCAAAUCUUAAUAAAGAAAAAAAUGAAUUAAAUAAUUUCGAAAUUGUUAAUUUUGAUACUAUUUUAUCUAACUCUAGCAAUGUAUUAGCAUCUAUAUUGCAAAAUUAUUUUAUUCUUAAGGAAUUGCUAUAUAAUUUAAAGGAAGAAAUAAACGAAUACAUAUUUAGAAUAAUUGAUUUUUAUCUAUACAUAAUAUGUUCCUUCUUCAUGAAAAGAAAAAACAUUGAAGAGCUAAUAAUUGAUCUCAAAAAAUAUAGUGAUAAAUUAAGCAUAAACAACAUUUUUUUUAUCAUAAAAAAACAAGAAAAAUACAAAGGAUUAUAUAAUUUUCUAAUUUUUCAUAAUGAAGAAAUUAAAAAGAAUAUUGAUAAGUAUAAUUUCUUACGUUUUAAUAAAAAUGAAUCAAAAUGUUCUCAAGCAAAAUAUGACUUGAUAAAUUUUAAUAAUACUGCUGAUAAUAGCUCUCAAUUCUUUUAUUUAAAUAAUUUUUGCAAAAUACAUAGUUCUACUUCUCUUUAUGCACUUUCAGAAAAAAUUAUUUCAAUAGAAUCUUUAUUCUGCUUAAUAAGUAAAUUAAAAGAAGAAAUAAUUAAAAAAUACGAUAAUCUAAAAAAAAAAGAAUGCGAAAAAAAAUAUAAUGAUAACGAUAAUAAGAAUGAUGAUAUAAAAUCAAAAAAUGGAAUUAAUAUUGAACACUUAAAAGAAAAGAAUAAGAAAAAAGAUGAAAAAAGUAUUUUUUUAAAUUUUUUAGAUAAAAAAUUAUCUAUAAUUGAUGAACUAAGAAUUUUAAUUUACUGUGAUUCUUUAUAUGACAUUAUUGAAAGCAAUAACUAUAUAAAUGAAAUAUUGAAAAUAAUAAAUGAAAUUUAUAGUGAAGAAAAUAAAAACAAAACUGGGAUAAAUGACUUAAAUACAAAAAAAAAAGAUUUAAAAAAAAAAUUAGAUCAAUAUAUGAAUUUAUAUUUAAAUAUAUUAAAUGAUACUAAAAGAAAAAUAAUGUUUUGCUGUGAAGGAGUCUUAUCAAUAGUUAUUCAUUACCUACUUUGGAAUUUAAUAAAUUACAUUUUUAAUUUAAAUAAUAUUGAAAUUGUGUAUAAAAUAAAAAGAGAAUUAAUGCCUGUUAUAAACAAAAAUCAUGAAAAUAAUAAAACAAGAACAAAUGAAAUUAAUCACAAUCAAAAAUCGUCUUAUAUUUCUAGAAAAAAAGAACCUGAAGAAAAGUUACAAAAAAAUAGUAGUGUUAUUCUGCUGAAUAAAUGUAAUAAAAAAAAUUCAAAAGUAAAAAUAAUCAAAACUGCAAAUGAAUUUGAUGAUUAUAAUGAAGAAGAUAAAGGAUAUUUAAUGCCUAUUUUGAAAUCGUAUUUUUAUAAAAUUUCAAAUGUUAUUAAUCAAAAUAUAAACAAUUUAGAAAAGGAAAUAGAACAGAAUGUAAAUAACGAUAUUAAAAUGAAAAAUAACAUCUAUACUAAUUUUUAUAAAGACUUAAAAAAUCCUCAUAACAAAAAUUAUCAAUACUAUUACAUUUUUUUAUCUAAAGGAGUUAGUUAUUUUGAGCAUUAUUUAGAUUUACAUUUUUAUAACUUAGACAAGGUUGAAAAUUUAAUAAGAAGUUAUAAUUCUGAUUUUUACCAAUAUAAACAUAUACAUUCUAUUAUUUUAAAAUAUCAUUAUUUUAAGAAGCUACCAGAAAGUUAUAUAGUUAAUUUUGAAAAAGAUAUUUUGAAAAGAAUUCAAAAUAAAAUAAAAUCACAGAGCAUGUAA